GAGAUAAAGGAGAGAGAGAGGGAGAGAGAGAGAGAGAGGAGGAGCAGAGUCGUGUUUUUCCUCCCGCUGGAGAAUCUGACGGCACGACGACGCCUUCCUGAGAGAGAGGGAGAGAGGGGAGAGAGAGUGAGAGAGAGAGGGAAAGCGAGGGAGAGAGAGAGAGGGAGGAAAGCGAGGGAGAGAGAGAGAGAGAGGGAGAGAGAGGGAGAGAGGGGGAGAGAGAGAGAGAGAGAGGAGAGAGGGGGAGAGAGAGAGAGGGAGGGAGAGAGAGGGAGAGAGAGAGGAAGACAUCCUCCUCUCAGUUUCCACGGUGACGGCAUCCCUCCUCCAUCAUUUCUCCGUCUCCGGCUGCUCAGGAUGGGAGAUAAAGGAACACGAGUGUUUAAGAAAGCCAGUCCCAAUGGAAAGCUUACGGUGUAUUUGGGGAAGAGGGACUUUGUGGACCACGUGGAGCUGGUGGAGCCCGUCGACGGCGUGGUCCUCAUCGACCCCGAGUACCUGAAGGAGAGGAAAGUGUUUGUGACGCUGACGUGUGCGUUCCGGUACGGCCGCGAGGACCUGGACGUGCUGGGCCUGACGUUCCGUAAAGACCUGUUCGUGGCGAACGUUACGGCGUUUCCUCCGCCGGCCGACGAGAAGAAGAACCUCACUCGUCUGCAGGAACGCCUGAUCAAAAAGCUGGGAGGACACGCCCACCCCUUCACCUUCCAGAUUCCUGUGAACCUGCCGUGCUCCGUGACCCUGCAGCCGG